GGAGGCAGCCCGGGCGCUGGGCGAGCGGCGAGCGGGGCGCGCCAGCCCGGAGUCCGAGCGCAGCCGGGGAAAUGACCAUUGGCUCCGGAAUGCUACUUCUGCUGCUGCUUCCCUUCUGCGGCUCGGCGAGGGCGCACAAUGGGGAUCUUACAGUCAGACCCACUUGCAAGCCUGGCUUUUCAGAAGAAGAUUACACAGCUUUGAUUUCGCAAAAUAUCAUGGAAGGGCAGAAGUUACUCAAAGUGAAAUUUAGUGACUGUCCUGGGAACAACGGAAUUCGGUUCGAAACCAACAACUUGGACUUCAAAGUGAGGACAGAUGGGACCAUAUAUGCUGCCCGCCAGGUGCAAAUCCCCUUGAAGCAGACAGUGUUUAUGGUAACUGCAUGGGACCGCCAGACCCUAGAGAGAUGGGAGACAAUGGUCAGAUUACUGGUUGGGGAGAAAACACAGCACAAUGGACACAAGCAGCAAAAAGGGAAGAAAAAUGCAUCUACAGAUUUUGCACCUCAACCGAGUGACACAUUAAUACCGUGGCGCCAGCCCCAGAACUCUAACGGGCUGAGAAGGCAAAAGAGAGACUGGGUCAUCCCACCAAUCAAUGUGCCAGAAAAUUCAAGAGGGCCCUUCCCUCAGCAGCUGGUUAGGAUUCGUUCUGAUAAGGACAGUGAGAUCCAUAUUAGGUACAGCAUCACUGGAGUAGGAGCUGACCAGCCACCUAUGGAAGUCUUCAGCAUUGAUCCCGUGUCUGGCAGAAUGUAUGUGACACGUCCAAUGGACAGAGAAGAAAGAGCUUCCUACCAUCUGAGGGCUCAUGCAGUGGAUAUGAAUGGAAACAAGGUGGAGAACCCCAUUGACCUCUACAUCUAUGUGAUUGAUAUGAAUGACAACAGGCCUGAGUUUAUAAACCAAGUCUAUAAUGGAUCUGUUGAUGAAGGAUCUAAACCAGGGACCUAUGUGAUGACGGUGACUGCAAAUGAUGCUGAUGAUAGUACUACAGCCAAUGGGAUGGUGAGAUACCGGAUUGUGACUCAGACCCCACAGAGUCCAUCACAAAAUAUGUUUACCAUUAAUAGUGAAACAGGAGACAUUGUCACAGUGGCUGCUGGACUUGACAGAGAGAAAGUUCAGCAGUACACAGUCAUCGUUCAGGCUACAGAUAUGGAAGGAAAUCUUAACUAUGGUCUCUCAAACACAGCAACUGCAAUCAUUACGGUGACAGAUGUGAAUGACAACCCACCAGAAUUCACUGCCAGCACUUAUUCCGGGGAGGUUCCUGAGAACAGAGUGGAAGUUGUGGUUGCAAAUUUGACUGUGAUGGACCGGGACCAGCCUCACUCCCCCAACUGGAACGCCGUGUACCGCAUUAUCAGUGGAGAUCCUUCAGGUCAUUUCACCAUUCGGACGGAUCCAGUUACCAAUGAAGGCAUGGUAACUGUGGUGAAGGCUGUCGAUUACGAAAUGAACAGGGCUUUCAUGCUGACAGUGAUGGUGUCAAACCAAGCUCCACUAGCAAGCGGAAUCCAGAUGUCCUUCCAGUCUACAGCAGGAGUCACCAUUUCAGUCACGGAUCUCAAUGAGGCACCCUAUUUCCCAACGAACCACAAGUUGAUCAGGCUGGAGGAAGGGGUGCCCACGGGGACGGCAUUGACAACAUUUUCAGCUGUGGAUCCUGAUCGCUUCAUGCAGCAAGCAGUAAGAUACUCCAAGCUGUCAGAUCCUGCAAACUGGCUGAACAUUAAUGCCACAAACGGUCAGAUCACUACUGCUGCUGUCCUUGAUCGAGAGUCAGUCUACAUUAAGAAUAAUGUCUAUGAGGCCACGUUCUUGGCGGCUGACAACGGUAUCCCCCCAGCAAGUGGCACUGGCACGCUGCAGAUCUAUCUAAUUGACAUCAAUGAUAAUGCUCCUGAGCUUCUGCCAAAGGAGGCACAGAUCUGUGAAAAGCCAAACCUGAAUGUCAUCAACAUAACAGCCGCAGAUGCUGACAUCGAUCCAAAUGUUGGGCCCUUUGUCUUCGAGCUGCCAAGUGUGCCAUCUGCAGUCAGGAAGAACUGGACCAUAACAAGGCUAAAUGGUGACUAUGCCCAGCUCAGUUUGCGAAUAAUGUAUCUGGAAGCUGGCAUGUAUGAUGUCCCGAUUGUCGUGACGGAUUCAGGGAACCCUCCCUUGUACAACACUUCCAUCAUUAAAGUGAAGGUGUGUCCAUGCGAUGAGAAUGGAGACUGCACUACCAUCGGGGCUGUCGCUGCAGCUGGCCUGGGAACAGGUGCCAUCAUAGCGAUCUUGAUAUGCAUCAUUAUUUUACUAACCAUGGUCUUGCUGUUUGUGGUGUGGAUGAAACGCAGGGAAAAGGAGAGGCAUACGAAGCAACUUCUGAUCGACCCCGAAGAUGAUGUGCGGGACAACAUUCUGAAAUACGAUGAAGAGGGAGGUGGAGAGGAAGACCAGGAUUAUGAUUUAAGCCAACUUCAACAGCCGGAGACUAUGGAUCAUGUACUGAACAAGGCACCUGGAGUCAGACGAGUGGAUGAGAGACCCAUUGGUGCUGAACCCCAGUAUCCUAUAAGACCAGUAAUCCCCCAUCCUGGGGACAUUGGUGACUUUAUUAAUGAGGGCUUGAGAGCAGCAGAUAAUGACCCUACAGCCCCGCCAUACGAUUCCCUGCUGGUCUUCGACUACGAGGGGAGUGGAUCUACUGCAGGCUCCGUCAGCUCCCUCAACUCCUCAAGCUCCGGCGAUCAGGAUUACGACUACCUUAACGACUGGGGGCCUAGGUUCAAGAAACUGGCGGACAUGUAUGGGGGAGGCGAGGAAGAUUAAACUGACCUCAUGUUCUUAUUUAAAAAAAAAGGAAGAAAAACAUUUUAAAAAAAGACGAAAACAGGAAAAAAAAGAGACAAUGAAGAAGCAAGAACUGUACAGAAGUGGCAGCUUUUUUAAUUAAUAUCCCCUGCUGACUGUAUUAUUUUUAGUGGUGAUUUAGGAGGUUUUUCUUUUUUUUUUUCUUUUUUUUUUUUAAUGGGUUUGGUUGGGUUUUUUUAGAACAUUGAGCUCUCUAGCAUGAACACUUGUCUCUGCUGCAUUUUUUUUUAAUGUCAGCUGGGAUAUCACUCAUUUAUCCGCUUUAUGACUAAAGAGAGUGAAAGGCACUCUGUCUUAACUUGAAUUUCUUAGAACAGAAGCACUGUUUUUAAAAUAUAUAUAUAUAUAUAUUUGAAAGUGCCUUUUGGUACAUGUAUCAGAUUCCCUUCAAUCUCAGGAGUGAUCAAAACAAACAUACAAAAACAAAUGUUUCAACCAUCUUGAGCAGCACUCUCUAUGACCCUAAGCCAGUUCUAGCUGGGAAGGAGUUAACAAAAGGAACUGUGGAGAUUGUUUCUUUUUUGCCUUUUUUUUUUUAAGUGGGUGACUUGUUUUGGGGUGGGGGGAAAAAAUCUUAACAGCCAUCGUUAAGCCUAAGCAGGUGGUGAAUUAGUCAUAUUGUUGUAUAUAAUUCAGUUUUAUCAGAUGCAAAAUAUUGACUGGGGUUUCUCCUGUAACCUGGUCACACUUGAUGUAGCUGCAUAGAACUAUAGCAUUGAUAAGCCUUUGGUUAUUGCAACAAAAAAUCUUAAACAGACCUUGCAUAAACCCUACAGUAAAUCAUGAGAUGACCAAAGGCCAUUUGUUUGUUUUUUGCUAUCGAUGUGUUCUUGGCUCCCCCAACCUUUUGAGUAGUGUAAAUAAAAGCUGGGUUACAUGUUGCUGUCAUGCAUCCAUCAUGAUGCUUGUUAGUAUGAAAAUCAAUGCUGUAUUUUUAUCUUAACCAUACACAGGGACGUAGCAUAAUCAGUAACUCAAGACUAGGGCAGUGUUAAUAACAGGGACAGUUUAUCAGUACGUUACCAUGACAUUAGAAUAAAGUAGGUCUAGUACAAUAUUAAUGCCUUUGAGCAUCAGUAGCCAAAGCUCAACAGCAUCAUGUAACCCAACUAAUGUGUGUCCUUUAUAUUUGAUGGGUCGGCACUUCUAUCUAUAUUAAAUGUCUUUUGGAGAAGAAAAGCAACAAGGACCUAGUAAGUAUUUUGUGGUAAACAUGCUCAAACGUUGCCAAUUAAGCAAGAGGUUUUGCAGCAUCCAGACACAACGUCAGUAUUAUAAAUGGUAGCAUACUACCUAGUUUAUAUGUAGGGUCAGUUUAACCAAUAACAAAUAGUUAUUAGCUUUUUUUAUUAUUAUUAUUAUUAUUAUUACAUUUUUCCUUUACUGAUUUGGACUAGUGGCUUUAUGUCUAAUGUUUGUAAAAUGAUUUAGACUGCAUGGAUGUGUAAUAUAAACCACAUUUAAUGGAUUAUGAGCCACUUAAUUCAUGUGCUAUGAAAUCUUGGAUUACCUAUGUUUUAUAUUCUGCAGACAAUUUUGCAGUGGGUUCACUAAAAAAUUGUAGAAGUGCUUAGAUAUAUUUUCAUUUAAAUCCAAGAAUGUGCACAGUAUCAGAAGGUGAUUAUCCAGGGGAUGAUCUGCUUUUUUGAUAUGUAGAUUGAAUGUUGAGAGUUAAACGGGGGGGGAGAAGCGGGAGAGAAAGUGUGUGUGUGAUAAUGAAUAGACAUUGUUUAAGAGGGAAUACUGGGCUGCAGGAUUGUGUCUAUAGAUUUUUAAAAUGCUCCUAGUGCAUUUUAUAUUUCAUUGUAUCAUAUUUUCUAUAAAAUGCAAUUUCUGUAAAUGAAUGAGCAUUUGAAAUGUGUCUUGUCUGAAAUGGAAUGUGGUAAAAGUAUGCUUGAGAGGACUCAAUCUCUAUCUUUUAUAUUAUUAAUUACCAUGUAUGCCGGGGGGGCGGGGAAGGUGGUUUGGUUGGCUUAUCCUUUCACUAUCCAGGAAGAAAACAAAACAAAAAGCGUACAUACAAGUUUCUUGAGGAGAGAAAAUUGUGGCAGGUAAUACCUCAGGAAACAAUGAGGAGUCCAGUGGUAACACAUCACUGUUGUUCAAAAGGUACUGGUUGUCAGCAGAUGCCUCAUCUGGGAUGAAGUGCAGUGCAUGACAAUUUCAGUAUCUGAUGCCUUUCAAAAAUAUUUACUCCAUAAUUGGGAACUCAGCCUUCUUCAUCUUGCCACUUGCAGAGUAUGAAAACCUUAGUUCACUAGCACCAAAUACCUCACCCCUCCAGCCCAAUGUAACACACUAGCAAACUUUUCUAUACAGCAUCUGGCAAAUCAAGUAGUUUGUACCUGCUCUGAUACAUGGGGAAAUAACAGCACUUGUACAGCAGCCCAUUUUGAAUUGCAGUCUCCUUGCAGAGAUUGGGCCUAUGGUCUUUAUCCAUGUACUGUCUUGAUCCUCUUUCUUUCCAGAAAAGUGUUAGACUUGAAUAGAUUAUAACCAGGAUGGAGGAUGCAUCUGCAUGGAAACUGCCCAAUUGCAACAAAAUUAAUGAAUAAAAAACAUGCACUUAGUGUUUCUCAAUGAUUAGUACAUGUCAGUUGUUUGAAACCAUUAUUGUAACCUCCUUUUCAUCAGAGGAGGAAAUAAAAAAAGGGGUGGAGGGAGUUAUCCAGUUUAUAGACAUGAGAUGCAAGCAGUGCCCAGUUCUCUCUAGCUAGCAUGUUUCUUUCCCUCUAUGCAGACAGUCAGUCC